UGUGCGGCUCCGCGGCCGCCUCCGCAGCCGGCAGCGGGCGGGGUACCGGUGACAACGACUUUCCAUUGCGACUGCUGCUACGCUGUAACGUCCUUGCACUCCCAAAGUGCAUUACCGGCGGCUUAACGGACUCCUUCUUUAGCAACUCGCGGCGGCGGCGCAUCGCCUCUUCACGGUGCACCUGCUGCGAGCGCGUCUCCAUAAGGAAGCGGUGGUGGGGCUGCUGCUCUGGCAUCUCUAAUGUCUACAGGCACAUACAGAGAAAGUGCAAACGAAAGGAAGAGAAGAGAAACGAUCUGUAG